GUACCCACCCCUAGAUAGAACGGUUCAUUCCCAGAUUGUACUUGAAUGGUAUUCUAUAAGAAGACAACAUGUCAACAGUUAUGUCUUGAAUCAUUUCAUGUCGACGACAGUGUUGAGGCUAACCGUCCACUGUCCUGUCAUGGAGAGUGCCCUGAGUACGAGCUGCUCUGCUCGAGCCCAGAGUACGCUGUGCGGCGGUACAAGAGUGGCCUCUGGGUAUCGACCAGUGUACGGAGCCCGAGUAUCACCAAGGCCAAUCUGAUCGGGGGGCAGCGGCUAUACAGGUACCUGAAGGGGGAUAAUCAUGAAAAGAUCAGAAUGGCGCCCAUCACGCCAUUGGUUCUGCAGGUGCGCAUGUCGCCAGGUGACACGACACGAGAGGUGACUGUCUCCAUGAUGAUACCUAAAGACGUGGCGAGUAACCCCCCAAAACCGACAGAUCCAAAAGUGGUGAUAGAUCUCGUUCCCGAGACUAUAGUGUACGUGAAGUCGUUCCCACGGCAGAGUGCCGGAUUUGUACCAGAACGAGAAGCCGGGAAGUUUCUCCAGACGCUAGCGGAUAGGGAAGAACUCAUCGAGCACGAGAGCUACUUCCAUAUUGCCCAGUACGACAGUCUCUCCUCUGGCCGGGAAUCACAAAACGAGAUUUGGAUAUUUGCCAUCAACGAGGUGACGUACCGGAUGCUGCAGGUGACUAACGGCCUGGGCAGCGGGAGGGGGAUCCCGCGAUGUCUGCGGCGGGACAACAUGCCGCUGAGAUGGUCUAAGAUGAACCCAGCUAAUGUCCCGGUUCUCACACGGGACAGAUGCCCCUUGUCUUUCUGUCAGGGAUCCCACUGCCCUAAGUACGAGAUAUUGGAAAGGGUAGGAGACACCAUAGAGAAGCGACACUACACCGACCUGCAGGCCAUCGGCUACGUGGCAACAAGCUGCCAAUACGACACGGCCGUGGACCAGUCCUACAUGCCUCUGUGGCAGCGGAUGAACGACACAGGUAUAUCUCCAGCGGACGUUCAGGCGUUUGUAACAACUAUCGUGCAAAGUCGUAAAGAUCUGGAUGGCAAGAAAGGCUGUGAGAAGUUCUUCGUCCUCUAUUACGCUAUGUCCGGGACUGCCAAGGUGUCAUCGGUUGUGACUGCGUCAGACAACGGCCGGCCGAUGUUUAAAAUACCUAAGACGAUACAGACUCUCCAUGGGCCAAAGGACGUAACAACCUUCUACACAAAGUGCUUUGGAGGAAACGUAUUCUACGAUCCGCACAGUAUCUCGGAUAAUGGCAAACUCCUAUUGGAUACCAUGAAAAACGCGGGAAAAUGUGUCUUGGGAGACCACAUCAGCAUAGCUGAGUACGAUCCACAGUCAAGGUUAUUUGAUCGUUAUAACGAGAUAAUGGUUGAUAGCGAUGAGACGUGCGGAGAUCACGUCGAUCGUCCUGUCUUCUCCUACGACAUCCCCCUGAGUAGCAGCUAUCUGGACCUGAUGGAGGUACCUGACGUCACGGAGCUCUGUAACACCACCGACUGCGCGCGCUUCUCUGUCAAGAUGAUGUUUGGGGAUAACCUGAGACUAGUGUCUCAAGACCCAGCUAAGUUCGUGUGCACAGAGAGCACACCUCCGUCUUGCACGUAUUACGAGGCGUAUCACAAGGCACUGCAUCCCAUCCUGUCCUACAUCAACGGGAAAAACAAGGAUGGGAUACGGAUGAACAUGACGAAGCCUUUGUUUGGACACGUGGUUCCCAGCGACAAACCGUGCGGAAAGUCGUUCGUCUUGUGUAUGUACCUGUCGGAGAAAUACUUCAACAGCCCGCCACAGCCACUCACAGACAGCGUCAGGAUCUCCUAUGAUGAGAACGAGUUUGUGGCGUAUGAGAAGUCCUUUGUUGGGAACUUCGAAAGCGCGCUGAUUGACGUCAGAGUGAGAGAGCGUAUUGAUGAGAUGCUGGUCCAGCUGGACGGACUGGAACCUUUUGGGGUCAAGUACAACCCAAAGGUAGCCCAGCUGGCGUUCCCCCUUGUCUGGCUCGCUGCCUAUUCGGAUCCCGGGAAGGAAGAGACUGUGAUGAAAAUGUUUGUUCGUGACGACCAGAAUAUUAAGAACAAGACCCAGAGGCAAGUCACGCCUUCAUCCAAUGAUUCAUCAGCUGAGGGACAUCUUCCGACGCCAACUUCCUGUCACAGUCAGGAGUGCCUACCCGUCCGUGUUGUGAAGGACUACGGAAAAUUCUUGGAGGUUUAUUUUCCAAAAGUUAAGGGGGUGUACACCCAGCAGAAUGUCUGUGAGUCGGGAACCUCCGGCAGACUGCUGCUGCAGCCUAUACACAGGUACUUCCAGGGGUACAACAAGGACCGGGACGAGAUCGGAGAGUUUUCGUAUCCAGUCUCUCUCAGGUAUAGACUGUUUUUCGAGCACGGGGAGGAGGUGGAGAACGGUUGUAACGCCGUGUACGAGAUGAACGUGGCGCUGCCGGCCCGGUACGCUGACAGGGACAUCCCCGAGCCGAUCGCGGAGAAGAUGAAGACGUUUGAGCGCAAUGGAACCUACAUGUACGUGGUUCCCGUGUCAGGGAUCUACAGUCUGGAAACCAUCAAGGACAAAACCUAUCACCUACUGGUGGACCUCACGCAGGAGAAUCUGGCCAUCGAGAGGUACUAUAGUGUAAUAUUCACCUACGAUCCACCCUUCACCGACAUAGAGGACAGAAUGACGUACAUCGGGUUAGUAAAGGAUCCACAGAAUGAAGACGGCAGCGAUAGCCAAGAGGUUGCAACAAGUAAGGAGAAAGAACAAGUAACACAACAGGAAGACGAAUGAGACGAUUGAACCAAAAAAUAGAUAGAGAAUCAGAUACAUAUAUGUCCGCGAAGACAGCUACAUGUACUGUAUGCAACUUGUUCAGUUGCAGUAUGGCCACUUUAUAUACUUGCGAAGAAAAUUUGCUCAGCGCUUUAUUAAAUACCAGGAUGUCCCCCAUCGUACUGCCGUGUCCAUGCAUA